UCAAUGUGAUUUAUAAACAGCUGAAAAACGAAUUAUUUCAUUGAAACAAUAUUGUUCGAAGGUGUAUUAUCACAGUGUCGAAAACUGCCUAAAUGGAUUUCCAGUUACGAAACUUAUCGGAGUUACUGAAAAAGAAUCUAGGACCUGAUGUAGUCAUCAAGGAGACAAAAAUAACCAGGCUCACGCCACCAGGAGAAAAUUUCGGAAGUGUGAUGCUGAAACUCGAUGUCACAUUCGGAAACAAGAAAAAUGAUUCAGAAGAAAUCUUAUACGCAGUUGCGAAAAUUCUCCCGGAAACUGAAAUGUUCAGGGAAAUAUUUCAGAUCCAAAUAACUUAUACCAAUGAAAUGGCGUUUUAUGAGACAAUAGUACCAACUUUACAGAGUUUUCAAAAAGGAAUAGGGAUCCAAGAAGUGAUUGAAUUAUUUCCCAAGUGCAUCGCUACUAGAAAGAAUUUGACAGGUGGUAAUGAAAUCGAUGAUGAUGCAGUCUUGAUUCUAGAGAACCUGAUACAAUUGGGAUACCAAAAUAUUGACCGCUGUCAAGGUUUCGAUUUUGAAACUACGAAGAUGGUACUCAAAGAUAUGGCUUCGUUCCACGCAGUACCCUUGGCACUGAAAAUCAGGAACCCAUACGUAUUUGAAAAGAAAAUCAAAGUACACUGUCACGACUUCGAUCCCCCAGAUCAUGAAGAAUUCCACGAUAUCUUGAGAAAUAUAGUGAAAUUCAACGAAGAAUUAGCUUAUUUGGCUCCCAAAAUCACCUACUGGGGACAAUUGAAGAGAAGCACACCAAGAGAACCCUUCGCAACUAUGAUUCAUACGGAUCUCUGGACUAAUAACACCAUGCAAAAAUUCCAUAAUGGCCGUCCAGUAUCGAAUAAAUUUGUUGACUUUCAGGUGUUUACCUAUGGUUCUCCUGCCGCAGACGUGUUUUUCUUCCUUUGGUCUAGUGUUCCACAGGAAGUGUUAGAACCAAACUUAGAGUUCUUUCUUCAAUAUUACCACGAGCAAUUCAUCGAUGUUCUGAAAAAACAUGGUAUCGAUGUGGCACCGUUUAGUUACGAACAUUUUCUGAAAGAGCUGGAUAUAGAAUCAGAAUAUGGAUUUUCACAUGCUGCACAUUUUUAUGUCAAUACUGUUAGUAGAGAAAAGGGGGAUAUUGAUUUCGAGAAUCAAGAUAGUCAGGACAUUGUGAAUAGUACUUCACAGAGAACCCGUGAGAAGGUGUGGUACAUGACGAGAGAAUGUCUACGAAGAGGAUGGCUGAAGUGAAAACAAAACUAUUGUUUCAAUUUCAUAUUGUUUGGUUUGUUUAAAUAGUGUCUGAAAAAUUGAUCAUCCUUAAUAACUUUGUUUUCCUGAAUACUAUCAGUCUUC